GAGAAAGAAGUAAAGAAAGGAGAAUAACAAAGAGACAGAGAGAUGAAAGAUCAAAGCAAGAGAAAAACAAAUAGAUAGAUAGAUAGAGAGAGAGAGAGGGAAAGAGAGAGAAAAAGAGAGAAAUCAAAGAGAAGAAUAUAAACGGACGGAGAAAGACUGAGAAUGUUUGUGUAAACGUGAGCAAGAAGGAAGGAGGUCGCAAGUGAAUGGGUUGUUCUGUGUGUACAAGGAAUCCCCGCCUCCCAUUGGAAUAUCUACUGUGUAGUUUAAAAGAACAACUUAAAAGGACCUGUUUAGAUAGGAAGUUAACUGUAAAACAAUAAGGUUUGCUAAGAAAGUUAACCAAGUAGGUCCACUUUUCGAAGUUGCUGCUCCGAGCCAGCUAAAGAAGCACAGUUAUACACAAAAAUCGUUGGUCUUGGUACUGUGUUGUCUCUAACAUUGGAAUAAUGUAUUGUAAUUUCUGUUUUCUUUUUAUCUAUUCAAGGCAGAUGAGGUUGGACUACAUUGCUUAGACAAAGCUGAAUUGGUGACUAGGGCGGGGAAUUAACCUUGGAUACAGAUAUACACUAACGCACAGACUAACCUACAAGCUCAUCGUAUCUACACACGCACACGUAAACAACCACACACGCGUAUAUAAAUCUAUAGAUGUAUGUGUAACAUAACAGAUAUAGCUAUAUACAUAACAGACUCUCUCGAGCCAUUUCCUCUCUAUCGGAUUAACUUAUAGGAUUUAACUAUGGAUUAUCAAGAUUUACGCUGCGACAUAGCUUUAAUAAUACAAGCCCUGCAACGAGGAGUCUGUUGACAAGGACUUAAGAGAAUGGACUAAAUAUCCAAGGUUUCACCGUCCCUAAAACUACAAAAUGCGAAUUCCGAAUGCAAUAGAAACUUGAUCCCUUCCAUGAUGGAUACCCAGCAGAUAUGGAAGAAUUGUUAACCAGAAAGUGAAAAAUAAACGGAAAAGAUAAUUUUAUACAUGCAUCCACAGAAGUACACAGACACUUAACACACACACACACGCACACACACACACACAUACACACACACGCACAGACACACACACACAUAUGAACACAGCUGCAGCAAACAUGGAAGACGAGGCUGAGGUUAAAAUGGCUGAAGAUAGCAACAAAGUUGUGGAGUCUGAUGGAGAGCCAAUGACACCAUCUGAUCACAGUGAUGCUGACCACGAUUCUAACACUAGUGAUCGGGACGAUUCAGAUUACCAGUCAGAAGAUCAGGAAAUUAGUGAUGAUGAUGACAAGCCCAAUAUCAGAUGGACUGGCUACAACAAGAAGAUCCCAGUCCUCAUCUUCCAUCCGGAGGCAGUUUUACAGAAUAAAUGUAGAUAUAAGAAAGUUGGUGAGCGCUUCCACAUGGCCUUCAAAUUUGGUAGCACUGAAAGUCGCAUAAUACGCACAGUAUUGCUAGCCCAUGGCUUUCAUGAGGUAACUUCAAAUCACUCAGACUAUAACAUAUUGUGGACCGGAGGACAUUUGAAACCUCUGACUCUUCGCAAUAUGGCCGAUUUCCAGAAAAUCAAUCACUUCCCAAGAUCCUAUGAAUUGACGAGAAAAGACAAACUAUAUAAAAAUGUUCAACGAAUGCAACAAAUGAAAGGAUGCAGAAAUUUCAAUUUUGUUCCCAUGAGUUUUGUGAUCCCUUCAGAAUAUCAGGAAUUUUGUUGUUCGUUCUGUAAAGAUAGGGGACCAUGGAUAAUUAAACCUGUGGCUUCAUCUAGAGGUCGUGGAGUACACCUAGUAAGUCAUCCAGAACAAGUGCCUUUUGAUGAACAUCUCAUUGUUUCUAAAUAUAUCCAGAAUCCUUUGCUCAUUGAUGGUUUCAAGUUUGACAUACGUCUUUAUGUCGCAGUGACAUCAUAUGACCCUUUGGUAGUGUAUCUGUAUGAAGAAGGUCUCACUAGAUUUGCAACUGUGAGAUACGACAAGAGUCAACGAAGUUUAAAAAACCAAUGUAUGCAUCUGACAAAUUACAGUGUGAACAAGAAGAGUGAUAGUUAUGUAAAAAAUGAUGAUCCUGACAUCGAAGAUUAUGGAAACAAAUGGUCCCUUGGAGCAUUAUUACGAUACCUCAAAGCAAAAGGAACAGAUACUGCUGCAAUGAUGAUGAAAAUUGAAGAUGUAGUAGUGAAAACUAUUUUGUCUGCAGAACUUCACAUUGCAGCAGCUAGUAAGAUGUUUAUUAACAACAAAUGGAAUUGUUUUGAAUUGUAUGGCUUUGAUGUCCUAAUCGAUGAUACGCUGAAACCGUGGAUCCUUGAAGUGAAUCUUUCUCCAUCUCUUGUCUGUGAUAGCCCUCUUGAUUUGAAGAUUAAAACAAACCUCAUAUGCGAUCUUUUUAGUGCCAUUGGAAUUGUCUGCCAUGACCCAAUGGUGAAGAAUUACCAACAAAUCCGGAAAAAUAUGGAACUUGCAGCUCAGAUGAACAGUGGAAAGAAUAAACCACGACGUCCAGCUUCAGCUGGUGCAAGUGCCUCAAACCAGGCAGCCAGCUACAGUAACAGCCGAUAUUUGAGGCGCAGCAUGUCUGGACUGAACAGUGAAGAAAUCAAAAUAGUGAGACGAGUUAAAGAAGAAGAAUCUCGUAAAGGAGGAUGGAUCCGGUUGUUUCCAUCACCGGAUUCUUGGGAUUUGUAUUCGCCUUUCUUGCAGUUCUCAACCACACAUAAUUUGAUGUUGCACCAACGACUUUAUCCUCAGAGACACAAAGCUAUGAUGUACAAAUGUCUCACACCAAUUAACUCACUUGCAGCUCGAGCAAAGUCUUUGUACAACAACUUGACAAACAGCGUCAGCAAUCUGUCCAAAUUUGAGAAUGAGAACUGUGAGUCGUUUAUUCUGGCACAGAGCCGUGCCCAACAGUACGAGCGAAGACUGGAUGACAGAAGAAAGGCAUCUGCAAUGGGAAAGGGAGAUAAGAAGAAGCGACGUCGAAAGAGGCAUUCGGUAACCCUUCGCUCAAAUGUAUCUGUUCACAGCCCUAAAUCCAGGGAGGAUUCAACUUCGCCAUCAAAGAAACCGAUUUCUCCUUUGGAUAAACCCAAACCAUAUUAUUAUUGCUCUCUAGAAGGCUUGGAGAAAACAGCCUUACACAGGCCAGCUCAGCAAAUGUGCGCAUCACAAAAUGGAGUUGAUCAGCCGACAGGAGAUGCUGUGUCAAACCAGGCAGCAUCUGACAAAGCUGUGUCAGAUCAGGCAGCAUCAGACAAAACUCUGUCAGUCAAGGCAGUAUCAGACAAAACUCUGUCAGUCAAGGCCGCAUCAGACAAAGCUAUUGCAGACAAAGCUAUGUCAGACAAAGCUAUGUCAGACAUGACAAUGAAGCAAAAUGCCGUCUGUCUGAACAAAGGACAGUUUUCAGACAAACACAAACUUGUGCUGAUAUUGCAAAGUGGUGGUAAUUUGAGUCAAUUGCAAGCUCGUACAGCCUUUGCUCUUUAUCUAACCAAAGUCCAGCAAAGACUUGUGGCUGAAGCAAACUCAAAUGAACCAAGUGAUGUUGAUUCAUUAACUGAACAAAUGGAUCUGGUGAUACGUUUUCUAAAGAGAGCUGCUGCCAAUUUACAGAGAAAUUUCCAAAUCAUUGCCCCUAGUAAGAAACUUGCAGUAAAGGAUCGUUGCAGAGUCUUAGCAAAAGAACUAUCUGAGUUUGUGAGGCAUUACAAAAAGGAAACUCAUCAAUUCAAGAAGCUUUUGCAUAAUGAACCAGAGAAAGCAAGUCCAGGAAUCAAUGAUGAAGAGUUCAACAAUUUCAUGUCAUCUUCUGAUGAGAAUGAGCUGGAACUAGUGUUGACGACCUACACCAAGCUGCGGAAGUCUGGCAGUAUUUUCUUGGGCAAUUGCUGCACUGGUGAUGGAGCUGCCAGCCACAACCAGGCUGGGGACAGAGACAACAAACACACAAAAGUGUUUUAUCCAGGAGACUGGAACCAGGGACAAAAGCAGACGAAAUCUUCACAGCACCGUUUGGCAAAAACAACAACGUUAUCUAAGAACACACCCGUAACACCAAAAUCUCCAUGUCUUCCUUAUGCUGGUUCAGACGCAUCAGUUGAAACCCAUGAAGAAAACUCUGUCAAGGAAGCACUUCAGUCUUUGACUAAAAAACAACAGUUGCGUCAGUACUCGGCGAAGGAAGGUAGCAGAGUCCUUUCUCAGGUCUCUCAUAUAAAGCCAGGUGCCUUUAAUGUACAUAAUCGCUCGAGGAGUUUAGACAGAAAGAGCAAGACACCACCCACAUUUUUACACUCUGCUUCCUCAUCACAAAAUGUCAACCAGAACUUGGUGAAAACUCCAGAAGAAAACCUAAAUUUUGUUAAAGUUUUCUGUGCUCGACCAAAUUCCAGUAGCGGAGGCAAAAGCCGUCUCAGACUUUCCCCUGAUUCUAUAUCGUCUCCUACAUUAAACAAGUGCCCAUCAGAUUGUCCAAAGACAGUGACUGCACUAUGUUGUCAGCGGUCCAAUAGCCACCUUACAAAGCACAGCUUAUCACUUACUGGCAGUUGUCCGCACUUGGCAGUCUCAAAUGGUCAUAAGGAUGACCCCUUGCAACAACUCAUUCCAAACCAGAAGCUGUCUGCUUCAACAGCCUCUUCAGCCAGUGAUCUCACCUCAGGAUCUUCUGAUUGGUCUGUAGCAGAUCCUCAUGCUGAUAUUAAAGUUAACCAAGGCCUGAAGAAGCCUGAUUUCCCAAAAACGUAUGUUAGUGACCCUCAAGAUUUGGAAUUCAAGUUCUUCCAAAAGCAAAGUCAGCAGCCGAAGAUCUUGAAACAAAAUGUGAUCCGUGCAAGGAAAAGCACCCACCCAACAUUACCUACCGUACCUCCUAAAAUGCCGCAAUCAAAAUCCCCUUUCCUCAAAAUAGGAGUGCCUGGUCGAUUAUAUAAAGCUGACAGUUGUACUAUUGUACCGUCCAACAUUACUAAGAAAUGUGAACGAAAAGUUCAGAAACCGAGAUGCAUCAGUUGCAGACAUUCUACAUUAUAGCAUUCUGACAUCCUGGCAGAUUUUAAAGAUGAUUGCUUUCAGAAGAAAGAAUACUAAUGGAAACAAAGAAGAAAAAAUCCAUAAUCUUUGCUCAAGCUUGUUAUUAAGCAGAUGUUAUUCCCUUAUCAGUUGAAUCAUUAUAUACCUUCUUCUACACAUGUAUGUGUGUAAUGGAAUGACAUGCUUAUGCAAAUGAUAAUUCAAGAAUAAAACAGAAAACAGAAACAAGGACAAACUCCUUGGCGCUAAUAAAGCCCAGGCAUGACCAAUUUUCGGCAAUGUCCCUGUAUGACACAUUUGUCCAGUCACUGGACAUUGUGUGAUUCAAUUACCAUCAAAAGAUAGCAUUGUUAUUUCUUUUUUUUUUUUUUGGUCUUUAAUUAUUA